ACCUAUCGUUCCCAACGCCGCUUUAUCAUAGAACCAAGACCCUUCGCCGUUUCUCGCUCGGUCUCUCUGCCGACGCGAUUCGAUCCGAUUCGGGCCGAAGACCUAACCACUGAAGGAAGAAGCGAAGCACGAUGAGCAGCAUCGGCACGGGCUACGAUCUCUCCGUCACCACCUUCUCACCUGACGGGAGAGUCUUCCAGAUCGAGUACGCCGCCAAAGCCGUCGACAACAGCGGAACUGUUAUCGGGAUCAAAUGCAAAGAUGGGAUCGUGAUGGGAGUGGAGAAGUUGAUCUCGUCGAAGAUGAUGUUAGCAGGAUCUAACCGGAGGAUCCAUGCUGUUCACCGUCAUUCUGGCAUGGCUGUAGCUGGAUUAGCAGCUGAUGGCAGACAAAUUGUUGCACGAGCCAAGUCUGAAGCAACCAGUUACGAGAGAGUAUAUGGUGAUCCCAUACCUGUCAAGGAACUUGCAGAUCGUGUUGCCAGUUAUGUUCAUCUUUGUACGCUCUACUGGUGGCUCAGGCCUUUCGGCUGUGGGAUUAUUCUUGGUGGUUAUGACAGAGAUGGACCUCAGCUAUACACGAUUGAACCCUCUGGUAUAUCAUAUAGGUACUUUGGUGCUGCAAUUGGAAAGGGAAGACAGGCUGCCAAGACGGAGAUUGAGAAGCUGAAGCUGUCUGAAAUGACCUGCAGGGAAGGAAUUAUUGAAGUUGCCAAGAUAAUUUAUGGAGUGCAUGAUGAGGCAAAGGACAAAGCAUUCGAGUUAGAAAUGAGCUGGGUCUGUGAUGAAUCAAACCGCCAACAUCAGAAGGUUCCAGAUGAUCUCUUGGAGGCAGCCAAGGCAGCUGCAAAAGCUGCACUGGAGGAGAUGGAUGCAGAUUAGGGACACUAAGAACAUGCUUAAUAUCUACAGUUUGCACUCGGAUGAUCUGCCUCAUCAUAUUUGUCAGACAUUAGGGUUGAUCAGGAAUUGGUGACAAAAAAAAUCUCAAUUCCCUUCUGGAUCAUUUGGACCGUGGCUGUUAAACUUUGCAUGAAUUUUAUGUAACGUCACUUUAGAAUUGUUGAUUCUACUGUAGUUGGUCAUUUUCUACGUAGUUCAUCCUUGCCUCCACAAAUGUAGAUGUUCGGACACAAAAGCCCUUUGGUUGAUUA